UCGGGGAGGCCGACCCGGGGGGGGGGGGCCGGGGGGGCGGCUUGGCGCAACCAGCCCCGGCUGGGGAGCAGCGGCGACUCCGGGGGCCGGGGCCCGGGCUUUCGGGGCUUCGCUGAGGCCGCCGCGGGCCCCGUCUUCCGGCGGCCGCCCGAGUUUGUGGUGAUUGUUGCCGCCGCCGCCGCCACCGCCCCGGCUGCCAUCUCCUCCUCCGGGGCCGCCGCCUCCUCCUCCUCUUCCUCCUCCUCCUCCUGGGCCGGGCUGAUCCCCUCCCCGCUGCCGCCGCCGCCUCCUCCUGGGCUGGGCCCGCGGUGUCUCGUCCCCUCGCGGAGCCGCUCCUGCCGCCGCCGCCGCCGCCUCCUCAUUCAUCCUCGUGCACCAUAGGCGGCACAGGCACCAAGAUGUCCAACCGAGUGGUCUGCCGGGAAGCCAGUCACGCCGGGAGCUGGUACACAGCCUCAGGACCGCAGCUGAAUGCACAGCUAGAAGGUUGGCUUUCGCAAGUACAGUCUACAAAAAGACCUGCUAGAGCCAUUAUUGCACCCCACGCAGGGUAUACAUACUGUGGGUCUUGUGCUGCUCAUGCUUACAAGCAAGUGGAUCCAUCUCUUACCCGGAGAAUUUUCAUCCUUGGGCCUUCUCAUCAUGUGCCCCUUUCUCGAUGUGCACUUUCCAGUGUGGAUAUAUAUAGGACACCUCUGUAUGACCUUCGUAUUGACCAAAAGAUUUACGGAGAACUAUGGAAGACAGGAAUGUUUGAACGCAUGUCUCUGCAGACAGAUGAAGAUGAACACAGUAUUGAAAUGCAUUUGCCUUAUACAGCUAAAGCCAUGGAAAGCCAUAAGGAUGAGUUUACCAUUAUUCCUGUAUUGGUUGGAGCUCUGAGUGAGUCAAAAGAACAGGAAUUCGGAAAACUCUUCAGUAAAUAUCUAGCGGAUCCUAGUAAUCUCUUUGUGGUUUCUUCUGAUUUCUGCCAUUGGGGUCAAAGGUUCCGUUACAGUUACUAUGAUGAAUCCCAGGGGGAGAUUUAUAGAUCCAUUGAACAUCUAGAUAAAAUGGGUAUGAGUAUUAUAGAACAAUUAGACCCUGUAUCUUUUAGCAAUUACUUGAAGAAAUACCAUAAUACUAUAUGUGGAAGACAUCCCAUUGGGGUGUUAUUAAAUGCUAUCACAGAGCUGCAGAAGAAUGGAAUGAAUAUGAGCUUUUCCUUUUUGAAUUAUGCCCAGUCAAGCCAGUGUCGAAACUGGCAAGACAGUUCAGUGAGUUAUGCAGCUGGAGCACUCACGGUUCACUGAAGCUCUGAAUCCUCAGGGAUGCCACCUGCACAUACUCAUACUCUGUCCAGGGUCCCAGCCUAACCCUUACCAAGAUACUGGUCCUGGUUUGGGGGGAUUCUGAAACCUCAAACUAAUAGAACUUUCUUCUCUUCUUUUCUAGUAGGUGUAGUCCUUCCUUAAUUUCAACUCAUUAAAAAAAAUGCUUUAUAGUUUAGAGCAGUGGAAGGAAGGCUGGCAUCAAAAUAUUUUGAUCGAAAAAAAAAAGGCAAUGUAAAGGCACAGUUGUGGCAGUCAGUUUUUUGAAAGUAACUUGUAAAGCAGUUACCAUAUCCUAAAUUUGCACUCUUUGCAGACUUGUGCACAUAUACUCCGCUUUCAGAAUAGUUUUGCAAAUUGUACACAAACAAACAAAAAGGGUGAAAGCUUUUUAAUAAAGAAAUUGCAUUUAUAAA